AUGAGGUCCCGAUGGUACAACGACGGCGCGUUUGACCAGCACCUGGCUGCCGUUGAGCGCGAUAAAAAUAUGAGGUAUCGAAACGCGCUGCAGGAUCAGCUCGUAGUGAACGAAACUAUGCGGCGUCAGCGGACCGAGGAAUGGCACAGAGAGCGUAAAAUCGUCGAGCAGAUAAGCGAGGUCCUUCGGAACGAGGACGUGGAUACCGCAUCGGAGAAGAAGGAGAAAACCGCGAGGAUCCAGGCAGAGAGGGAGGCCUUUUUUCGAGCGAUGAAAACGUGGAAGUCCAAGGAGCGGGAGGCACUGCUGGAUGAGUUCAGUCGGCAGGCUAAAAUCAUAGCGAAAAAAGAGGCCGAGGAGAAGAAUCGAGCCGUUGUCAAAGCUGGCAAGUCAGACGUUAGAGAGGAAAUUAUGGAACGGACCGCCAGACGUAUGUUGGAUGAUGAGACGAGGAGGAACGAGAAGGAGGAUAUUGUCAACGAGCUCUUUGACGAGGAGUGGAACAGCAAGGUUGCCAUGGAGCUGAAGGAUGCUGCGGCGAGAAAAGAGGCCGUCAAAAGAGAGCUGCUGGCUGACAUGGAACGGCAAAAAGUACUAGUUUCCGAGAGCAGGGCGAAGUCUUUGGCCGUCGACGCAGCCUUCGGAAAGUACCUCGUCGAGCAGUCCGAGGCGGCGGAUAAAAAGGAGAGUGAAAAAUCGGACGAGCGUCGUCGAAGAGGUAGUGAAACACGGUGCAGGUCUGCCCGGAAGAUGUAUAAGAAACGUUUUACACCUGCUUCCCUGAUUGUUCGAUUAUUUUUUGUCCAAGGUCUUCAAUAUGGCCGGGAUUUGAAGACGGUGCGAGAUGAGCAGCGAGCACUUCACGCCGAAGAGGUACUCCUCACGCAGGCGAUACAGAGACAGGAUGAUCAGCGGGAAGUUGAACGUCUGAAGGAGGUAUCUUUGGAGCGUUCGAAAAUUUUGUACGAACACGCACCGAACUUGAAGGGAUUCCUCAAGGCUGGAACCUUGCGAACGGAAGACCUGGAGUACAUGAAAAUGCAGCAGUGUAGCUCAAACUAG